AUGGGUGAUCUUCCGUCUUAUCGUGUCGAGCAAGCUCGACCUUUUCAUCGCGUGGGAGUCGAUUAUUGUGGUCCACUAUUUAUUAAAGAACGGCGAUUUCGCAAUCGCCAAAAAUUAAAGGUUUAUGUAGCCGUUUACGUCUGUAUGUCCACGAAGGCUGUACACCUUGAAUUAGUCUCUGAUCUUACUACUGAAGCCUUUCUAGCCAGCCUGAAACGCUUUUUUUCAAGACGCGGAUUGUCUUCCGAUAUUUAUUCUGACAACGGCAGCAACUUCGUGGGUGCUAGUCGCGAGCUUCAAGAGCUAUACACUUUAAUUAAUUCCCCAGCUCAUAAGAAGUCGAUUCAGCAAUAUGCUGCUGAACAAAACAUAAAUUGGCACUUUAUCCCUCCCAGGGCACCUCACUUUGGAGGGCUCUGGGAGGCUGCAGUAAAAUCAUUUAAGAAUCAUUUGAUACGCACAGUCGGUGAUACAUUAUUAACUUUUGAACAGUUAGAAACUUAUAUAACAGAAAUAGAGGCAAUAUUAAAUUCUCGUCCAAUUUCACCUUUAUCCUCUGAUCCCAAUGACCUUCUACCCUUGACUCCUGGCCACUUCCUCAUUGGUGGACCACUGACCAGUUUCCCACAGGUAGAUUUCACGGAUACCAACUCCAAUCGUCUAUCAGCUUGGCAACACGCUCAGCAAUUAAAGCAGCACUUUUGGAAGCGAUGGUAUAAGGAGUACCUUCAUCAAUUGAUCACCAGAGUUUCUGACAGCAAGAAUCCUGACAAUAUUCAAGUUGGUUCACUGGUUCUCAUCUCUGAGGACAAUCUUCCACCUCUAAAGUGGGCACUAGGCCGUGUCAUAUCGGUUCAUCCAGGAGCAGAUGGAGUGGUGCGUGUAGCCACUCUGAAGACGGCUUCCGGAGAGUAUAAACGCUGCGUGAAGAGAUUAUGUCCAUUACCCGUCAACUAG